AUGAACAAUGUGCUUGAGCAGUAUGGGCCGAGUGCUCGCGUUGUGCGGUCACUUCGCGAGAAGAGCGCAAAGAAGUCUUCGGAAGAAAAAUCAAGUAAUAACAAUGAACAAUUACCCUGUGACGGGAAUGAAAUAAUGGCGGAAGCAUGUGGUGAUGGCAACAAAGGCGAUUUGAACAACAGCCUUCUAAAGACAGGCGACAGUAUCAAGCAGGAUGAUGUGCCAAUUUCCGGUUCAGGAAGAAACAGUUUUGCGGAAGAAACAACUAUGAGAAGCGAAGAGCGUGAAAGCUCAAUCAGCCUUGGAAUAUUUACUUGCUAA